AUGUGGAAACAAUUAAUUCAUCUAAAUAAACAUCGAUUAGUACCAUCUGUACAAAUAUUUAAAAGAUUACAAUCAUCAACACAGUAUUAUCCUAUUAAUGAUGAUAUCUAUGGGCUUACAGACGAUCAAAAACAGUUGCGAGAAACUGUAUUUAAUUUUGCACAAAAAGAAUUAGCGCCGUAUGCUAAUGCUAUUGAUCGUGGCGAUUCAUUCACGAAGCUUCGCGAAUUCUGGAAAAAACUUGGUGACCUUGGACUUUUGGGUAUUACAGCGCCUGUUGAAUAUGGUGGUUUGGGUUUGCAUUAUACCGAACAUUGUAUUGCUAUGGAAGAAAUUUCACGAGCAAGUGGAGGUAUUGCCUUAAGUUAUGGUGCACAUUCAAAUCUUUGCGUUAAUCAACUUGUUCGUAAUGGUAAUGAUGCACAAAAGCAUCACUAUUUACCAAAACUUAUUAGCGGUGAACAUUUUGGCGCCUUGGCCAUGUCUGAACCCACGUCAGGCUCUGAUGUUGUUUCGAUGAGAACCCGUGCCGAGAAAAAAGGUUAG